UAACCGGAGCGUUCGCUUCAGACGUGCUGCGCAUCGGCUCGGCCAAUUCUCGGCCGCAGCCACGGAUAACUUCACGGUACGCCACCAAAUUUGUUACCAUCUGAUAAAGCAAGUCACCCGGCGCACGUGGACACCGAUUUCAACCAGGUGGGCCGGUUUUCGGCAAUUUUAGAGCAGUUUUUCACCCCGCCACGUGGGCGACGCCGUCCAGCCUGACGGCGACGCCGAUGCCCGGCGGCGUGGAGACUGCUUCCCGAGGCAAUAUGGCCGUCUCUACGCUAACCCAGCGUGGCUACGACCCGGACGCGAUGUCCUGGACGACGGUUCCGACGACUGAGGAGCCCAAUUCUGCGAUGCCUUCGAAUAUUCGAAGCCAAGCUCUCCUCAACGCGGCCGCUCGCCGCUUGCAAGAGAAAGCCAAGAUGGUAGCGCCUGCCGCCGCCCCGGCGUCCGGCAACCCAGCGGGCAGGACGCAGCCUCCUGCCUCGAACGCUGCAGGAAGCAAGGGCAAGGUCUUCACGAAGUGGAAGCCUCGCCUGCUACUAAAACCGAACCCGGAUGACUACGUGAUCGUUGUAAAGCCACGUGAGCAUAUUUCCUUGCACGAAGCCUUCUCCGAGAAUCGCUACGGGACCGCUUUCACGGCUUACCUCGGGUCCGAGCGGGCAGAGACCGCAUCGAUUCUCCCUUCGAGAGAACAAAAUUUGAUUGUGAUCCAUACCCCGGACCUCGAGACGGCGGACCGAGUGAUAGGGGAUUUUUCCGUCAACACCGAACGCGGAGCGGUCCCGCUCCACGGAUACCUACGGCAAGAUGGCGGAAACGUUUGCCACGGUGUCAUCGUGGUGUGCAACUCGGACACGACGGAGACACUUCAGCAAAAGGUGCGUUGGAGAGCAGGCACCAUUGUUGAAGUGAGAAAAUUUGGCACAUCGAACAAAGCGCGUGUUACCUUCGCCGGAAAGGACAAACCGCGUUUUGUUCACUAUGACAACAUGGUGGUACCCGUCCAACCCUACUACCGUACAAUCCCGGCCUGCGGCAAGUGCGGUGCUGUCGGCCAUAGGAUGGAUGCAUGCCCAAACCUGAGACAGGACACUUGCGGUCUGUGCGGGCAACAGAUUCCACUCGUGGAGGGGGUGCGGGCCCCUCACGAAUGCGUGCCCAAGUGUUCAGUGUGCGGUGGUGGACACGUCACGAACUCCCGCGAGUGCACUGCAAAGUUCCGGAACUCCAAGACAGCCGCCCAAAAGGGCGGCAAGACCAUAACGGCGGUCAAGAAAAAACACCGCCAUCUUGAGCUUCCCGGUGGGCCGCCGCACCGGGACGUCACCAAGACCGGCAAGCCAGCGCCCCCUGCCGGAGAAGCCGGGAGGCAAUCUACGGCGCCACCACACGGCGUGGCUGGGGCCUGGGCCGACGCCGUCAAAAAAGGAAAACAGGUGAGCGGCGCGGGCAGGGCUGCUUCCUCGUCCCCUCCCUCUACUCCUCCUGCGGCGCUCAGCGCCGAACAAAACAUGAUCGCGGCUCUCCAGGCGCAAAAUGAGAUGCUGCUAAAGAAAAUUACAGCGCUCGAAGCAAAAAUGACGCAACCCCUCCCUAGCCCCGCAGUAGAAGUAAUGGAAAGUGAGACAGAAGCGCCGGCGGAGGCACCUAGCGCGGCAGCCGCUCUCGAGGCCCGGAUCAACGCCCUCGAGGCCCGUAUGGACAGCCGGAUUUGCGCUCUUGAAACCCAAAUCUCCGCAGCCAUGAAUGCCGCGAUUGCCAAAUUGACAGAGAUGAUUCCCUCUCUCAUAACUCAACAAAUCGCGCAAACCUCUCGCACCACCCGGCGAGCCGGCCCAAUUAAAGACGUGUCCGGCCCGUACCCCAAAAUGUUUCGACGACAACUCGAUUUAGAUGAUGAAGACAGUUGCUCACUCUCCGGAAUGGAGGAUGCUCCCCUCCCCGUGAGUGCUGGUGAUGGAACAUCGUCUUCGCAACCCCCUACCAAUCUUACCGAUGAUGGCGGGCACCCCUAAAUUCAGGAAAUUCCCCCGAUCCAAAUUGGCCAUCCCCAUCCUAAUUACCCAGUGGAACUGUCGAGGUUUCAAGGCCCACGCUAAGCGGGCCAACCUACGAUUUUUCCUCACAACAUUCGAGCACCUUCCUGCUGUGGUAGCCCUCCAGGAGCCAGGGAGCGGCGCCACACUUACAAAUUACACUACGUUUCAGCAGGACCCCCUCUCCUGUAUCUGCGUGCAUAAAAAUUACACGGCCAACUUCGUUGACCUUGACCUCAAAACAGAAUUCUCGUACGUGAUGGUGACCCUCCUUCCGCUACGAAAACAGGACCCACCACUACACGUUCUCAACAUUUAUUGUUCCCCUAAGUUAGCCAACAUCAC